AUGGAAAAUAUCGACAGAAGACUCUAUAAAUAUCCUGACCAAAAUGUUCUGAAACUAUCUGACUACACAGUCGCUGGACCAGAACUCAGGGACAGUGUGGCUACAGAGUUCUCUGUGCAGGAGAGGAGGGAUCAGGGCAAAGUCCCAGGUACUGGAUGUGGUUCUCAGGAUCUCAGCGUCUCAGAGUCAAGGGCCUUGUUUGGGGCGGGGGCUGUCUGCGUUGGGAUCCCUAGUCUCCUCGAGUUGCACUUUCUCUUCGCAAACUGUGUUGUGCCUUUCUGCCGGGACACUCGUGUCGCGGCCCUAGUUCUCACUGCCAUUGGGUGUCUGGUUUCUAGAAGCCAAUCAUCGGCCCUACGGUUCCAGGUUAUAAAGUUUCCACCGGUUCCCACGCCCACCCCCACCCUCCACCGGGACUCGGUUUCUCCCCAGACCCCGAGGAUACCGGUCAAGGGGCCGCGAACCCUCCUCCUGCUGCUCUCGGGGGUCCUGGUCCUCACCGAGACUUGGGCGGGCUCCCACUCCCUGAACUAUUUCUGCACCAGCGUGUCCCGGCCCGGCCUCGGGGAGCCCCGUUUCUUUGCCGUCGGCUACGUGGACGACACGCAGUUCGCGCGGUUCGACAGCGACGCCCCGAAUCCGAGGAUGGAGCCGCGGGCGCUGUGGGUGGAGCAGGAGGGGCCGGAAUACUGGGAAGAGAUUACACGAGAUGCCAAGAAAGCUCAACAGAGAUUGAGGUCAGGCUUGAACACCCUGCCCGGAUUCUACAACCAGAGCGAGGCCGGGUCUCACACCCUCCAGUGGGUGUUUGGCUGCGACGUGGGGCCGGACGGGCGCCUCCUCCGCGGGAUCUGGCAGAACGCCUAUGACGGUGCGGAUUACCUCGCCCUGAACGAAGACCUGCGCUCCUGGACCGCGGCGGACACGGUGGCUCAGAUAACCAAGCGCAAGUGGGAAAUCUCCGGUGAGGCUGAGUUCCAACGGAACUACCUGGAGGUCAAGUGCGUGCAGUGGCUCCGCAGACACCUGGAGAACGGGAAGGACACGCUGCUGCGCGCAGAUGAAAAAGGAAGGGGCUACACCCAGACUGUAAGCUGUGACAGUGCCCUGGGCUCUGAUGUGUCUCUCACGGUUCCUAAAGUGUGAGACAGCUGCCUUGGGGGGACUGAGUGAUGCUGGGUCCCACUUUGUGACAUCAGAUCCCCGGACCCCUCUUUCUGCAGCUGCAUCUGAAUGUGUCUGUGCUCCGAUUAGCAUAACGUGAGGAGGUGGGGAGACUGCCAACCUCUUCCAAUCCAAACUCCGGGAUUUAAAAUGCGGUGCCUAAUAGUCACAGCCUCGGAUCUUUUCUGAAGAGAAAAUAUCAUUAUGUGUAGAGUGCAGACUGGUCGGCAUGAGAGGGAGGGGUGAUCAGAUCUUGUGGGGAAAGUACAGGCAGCACUGAUGUCAGUGUGAAUGGAUGAUGUGCUAUAGCUGCCACGAGAGAGCAAGUGGCCUGAGUUCACAUUAAUAAAGAUAGAAUACAGAGGCAUCUACACACAUUAUUCCAGUGUCCACUCCAGGCCAGAUCCCACAAAGGAACUUUCGCCCCUGCUGGGGCACAGUGUCACUGCUCACACAGUGAGCCCCUCAUGCUGGACGUGGACCCCGCGCUGAGGACGGCUAUCACUGAGGCUCCUGACAACUGGAGGUGGUGUGACUCCCACUCUCGACACCCUUGUCAGAUGCAUCCUGCAUAGUUUCAGCUUCUCUGUGUCACAACGGCCUGAGUAGAGUCUGACAUGUGGUCACCUGAGUGCUGGGACCUCAGCUUCAUGCUGUGUGCUCUAGCAAGAAUAUUUGGGAAAGUGGGUUUUCUUCUUUAACGGAGGAAGGUGGUCUCUGCCUCCUACCAAGAUUCAGUUUGGAAUUCUCCUAAUCUGGAAAUGCUCCUAAUCAGGUGAGGGGGAGAGAGGGAUGGACAAGAAUGUCAAAUUUCAAUUGUUAGAGCAAAGAUCUGGAACUGGAACUUGAUCUGGUACAAUGUAGGCCCUCGGGUUUGACUGAAAGAACAAGUGACUAAUAAAUGACAUCCAGGGUAGA